AUGAUCCGCUUCGACACGCUCCCGCCCGAGGUCAUGCAGGCCAUGUGCACGCCCAUGCACCUCGUCCUCCCCGCCUCGCCCCACGCCCGCACCGGCGCCCUCUACAUCGGCUCCUUCAUCGCCGCCCUCGACCAGCCCCUCCUCGACGCCCACCGCAUCGCCGCCCUCGUCCAGGUCCUCGACGCCCCCUGGCUCCCCGACCCCGCAGACCACCCCCUCGACGCCUACCGCCUCAACAUCCUCGACUCCACCAGCGUCGACAUCCGCCCCCACCUCGAGGACGCCGUCCGCUGGAUCGACGACCGCCUCAGGCGCGGCGUCAACGUCCUCGUCCACUGCCAGCAGGGCGUGUCCCGCUCCGCGGCGAUCGUCAUCGCGUACCUCAUCUACACCCAGAACAUGUCCUACGACUCCGCCUUCGACCUCGUCCGCAAGAAGCGCCCCUGCGCCAAGCCCAACUCCGCCUUUGUCAAGGCGCUCCAGGACUGGGAGAAGCGCUACCGCAACGCCGGCGCGGACCUCCGCCCGCCCAUGCGCCGCGCCGCGACCACCCCGCGCUAG